CAUUUACCAUAAAACCAACUCACCGCCUUUGCUCUGCUUCCAUUUAUACGAAACAAAAACCACAGCGAGAAGGAAGAGAGCAGCGAAACCCAGCAGAGCUGCAGAGGAGAAGCGAUCCUGGAGAAAGUCCUCUAAACGACAGAAACCAGAACAGACCAGACGUAAAACAGGUCACCUUCAAUCACAAAGACACGUGUGACCUCAGCUACCCGCCUGAUGGAUUUGACCAGAGCACUGGUGCAGCUACACAUGACCCCGUGACUUUUCUCACACACACACACACGUCUGGUUUACUGGAGACCAAAUUGUCCCCAGUUCUGAGAGUGUGUGUUACAGGUUGUGUGUGUGUGUCCCUGUCCAUGUGCCCCUAAAGUCCUCUUCUAUAAAACUAUCCACCUGUGACCCUCCAUGCAGGUUUGGUUUGAGGACGCUCACCUGUGCAGACAGGUGGGAUGUGCUGGAUGAACAGCAGGAGGCCCGUUACGAUCCCGUCCAUCUGCCAAAUAAAAGAAACUCUGCAGCUGUGGGACCAAAAAGGGAAAUUUCACACUCCUUCUCCGUCCUUGUGAGAGUAACUUUGAGGGUGGGGGUGUUAAUGAAGCCUGGACUGAACAAGGCCAAGAACAGGUCUGGACUCGGCAGGAGGACACAGACGCGUCAGACCAGAGUCAGCGUCCCUCCUGAGGAGACAUCUGGACAAGCGGUGUUGGGGUUUGGAAUAACUUCGAGAUUAUUUAAUAAACUGAAACUUACAUUAAGUUCAGGCUGCAGCGGCAGAGGAAGCACCAGCAGAGAGUGGAGCAGCAGACCAGCACAGGCGAUCCAAGAGGUGAUCAGUUCUGUCGCCAUCAUCGCCGCCACUAUGAUGCUGAGUGUGUCUCUGUGUGUGUGGAUCGUUGUCGCCGUGACUCAGACAGCUGAUUCUCAAGAGGACGAGAACGCACCGAGUGUUCCAACAGAAGCUUUUCCAGAGACCGAACAGCCAGCAAUGGAUGGAACAGAGGGGGAUUAUUUUGCUGACUUCACCUGUUCUGAUGGAUUCACCAAGUACAGCACCCAGUGUCUCCUCUACGUUCCCCAAGCCAUGAGCUGGAAUGAAGCCAAGGAAAACUGCCAGUCCAUGGGAUCUUCCCUCGCUUCAGCCUUCUCAGGCUUUCAAGCUUCAGAGGUCCACCUUGAGAUGAAACGAGCAGGAGACACAUCUGGAAAAGUCUGGGUUGGAGGCCACAAAUCUCCCGAGGACGUUAACUGGUCCUGGGAUGGCGCCUCCUACUUCAACGGGGUUGGUGACUUUUGUGGUGAAGAACCCCAUGAGAACAACUGUCUGGAGAUAACUGCUGAUGACGACUCGGCCUGUCUGAGUGACACGGACUGUGACACGAAGCUCCCGUCAGUCUGUGGGAUCAUCCUGAUGUAACGGACAUCUGCAGCAUCCCCAGCUCCUGCUCCUCUAAAAUAGAAAACUCACACUUCUCCCUGUUUCUCCUGUAUUGCUGCUCCUUUGCUGUAGUGCUAAUCUAGUCCCACUGGAGUUUAGGUGGAUUUCAAGCUUCUGCAACAACCUAGUUAUUAAAAUGCUUCCAGCUCA